CCUAGUCCCAAGAGAGGCUGAAGCGCCAAAGCAGAGACAACGGGAAUGGAGUUGGGUCUUCUGCUGUUGAUGCUUUUGACCUUAACGGGAAACAUAUCAGCAGCACUGGAGCAGUACAGAGCCGUGGACUGGUUGAGCAGAUAUGGCUACCUUCCUCCUCCUGACCCGCGCACCAGUAAACUGCAGACCAAAGAAGGGAUUGAGAAAGCCAUUCGUGUCAUGCAGAGAUUCGGCGGGGUCCAGGAAACCGGGGUCCUCGACAAUGAAACCCUCAAACUCAUGUCUACGCCUCGAUGCUCUCUCCCUGAUAUUGUUGGGAAUGAGGACAUGCUGAGGAGGAAGAGGAGGAGGAGGAAGAGAUACGCCCUGUCAGGCUUGAAGUGGCAUAAGACAGACCUCACAUGGAGUGUCCACAGCUACCCUACGCCCUCCCUCUCACCCGGCCUUUCUAGCAGUUUGGUGGACCAGAUCCUGACUCGCGCCUUCAAAGCCUGGAGCGACGAGGCCCCCUUGAGUUUCCGUCAUCUGCCGAGUGACAUUAGGGGGGCGGCAACUGGAGGGGACAUCAGAGUGACUUUUUCCCGCUUGCUCCACGACGACGGGUACCCUUUUGACGGCCAGGGUGGCACCCUGGCCCACGCCUUCUUCCCUGGCAGGGAUGAAGUGGCGGGUGACACACACUUUGAUGACGAUGAGAUUUGGAGCUAUGGAGGUCAAAGUGGCAGCACAGACUUGUUCACAGUUGCAGUGCACGAGUUCGGGCACGCGCUGGGCCUGUCCCAUUCCUCGUCCGAUCCGUCCAUCAUGAGGCCCUACUACCAGGGUCCUGUAGGAGACAUCUCAAAAUUCCAGCUGGCCGCGGACGACAGGAACGCCAUCCAGCAGCUUUAUGGUGUGAAGAACGGCAGACCACCAGGAGGUGAUGAUCCGGACCUCCCACGCCUUCCCAGUCCACCUCCUCCUAGACCAACACAACCGUCUGAUCCCUCACACACCGAGCGCUGUCAGGGAGGCUUUGAUGCAGUGGCAAAUAUCAGGGGAGAGGUCUUCUUUUUUAAAGGUGCACAAUUCUGGAGAACUAAGCGAGAUGGGUCUUUGAGUUCCCUCAAUCCGGCUCAGAUCAAGAACUUCUGGAUCGGCCUCCCGUCAGGAACGAACAAGAUCGAUGCAGUGUACGAGAGAAAGAGUGACAGCAGCAUCAUCUUCUUUAUUGGAUCUCAGUACUGGGUCUUCAAGGACAGGGAGGCCAUGAGUGGCUACCCUCGGCCCCUCUCUGAAUGGGGCAUGAGGACAAAGAGCGGGGGGCUGGUGGACAGAGUGGAGGCGGCCUUCAUCUGGGCCCACAACGGCAAGACCUACCUGUUCAGCGGUGGGGAGUUUUGGAGGUUUGACGAGAGCCGUAACGGCGAACAUGUAACCAGGCAGCUGGAGCCAGGCUACCCACGGGACAAUAGCCUCUGGGGAGGAGUGCCAACCAACAUGGAUGACAUCAUCAGCUGGGGAGAAGGAGAUGCCUACUUCUUCAAGGACAACCUUUACUGGGUGCUGAAGAACGGAGGACUGAACCAAGAUGUCGUUACUCCUAAAUCCAUCGCAGUAGACUGGCUCAGAUGUCCAGCUCCUCCUGCAACCUCCACUCCAAAGGAUUGCAUCUGUGACUUGAAGGGAUCAUCUUCAUUUCUUAGAAGCAGCUGGCUCCUACUGAUCUUUGUCAUAUUAAUUAGCAAAUAAGUACCUGAGUUUGAAACCAAGUGGAUGCAGACUGUUUUUUUUUUUCUUAUUCUUCACUUGUUCUAGUGUAGAGUAAUAAUGGCUCUUUACAUAUUAUUGUCAGAAAAAUGUGAAAUAUCCGCCUUAGCUUUAGCAUAUAAGGCCUGUGUUUCUGUAAAUACUUUGCCAUAUCAGAACAUAUUGCUGACCUGUGAAAGCACUCUGUCCUGCUAUAGAAUACAUCCCUCCUUUUUCAAGACUAAGUGUUGGAUUACAUGGAGCCUGUAUAGGAGAAUGCAUGGAAAUUCGACACGGCAAUCCAGCACUCCCGACACUCAUAAUGAGGUCACACAAAACCACUUCAUGUUUGGACAGUAAACUGGCCACUCAAACAUACUUAAGUACAAUAGUCAAUUUCUUUUUAGAGCAAUUUUUUUGAAUUCAGAGUAAGUUUGUUCAUAUACAUAUACAGUACAAUCAUAUAUAUGGUAUAUUAAGCUUAUACUGUGUUUGUUGUUGCCCCACUUUUAUAUAUUUUCUUGUUUGUCACUGUACAUGUUAAUGAUUUACAGGCAAUCAGGAAGAAAAAUGUUCCAUUCUGUUGACAAUCAAACUAAUGUUACUAUGCGUCACGGUAUUAUUGCAACAGUUCUGCAAACAGAGAUGUUGGCUCACAGAGCAGUUCAAUGCAAUCAGUCUUUUACUUGGUAAGAGUUCAAAGAAGGGUGACGGCAAAAGGUAAUCAGUUCAUGGCAAAAAAACCUGUGCGGAAAUAGUAAUUUAUACAGAUUCAAGCUUAAUUCUUUUUCACAUUUAAGUUCUUUAACACUGAUUCAACACAUUUUAUUCUUGUAUUGGAUUAUUUAAAUUCGUCACUGUGGUUCGUUUGAGGUGGAUCAAGGCUCUGCAGAUGUAGUGCAGUAAUUCAUUUUUUUCUUAAACGGACAGUUCAUCUCAAAAUCAAAAAUUAUAUAUUUUAUCUAUAACCUGUGGUGCUUUUUAUCAAUGGAGAUUGUUUUGUUAUAAAUUGCCUAGUUUUGGAGGUAUCGGCCUUAGAGAAGGCAGGCAUCUCAAUGGUGAACUGUCCCUUAAAAGUUAGUAGGGUUUAACUAUUUUGAUUGAAUGUAGGCCAUACUGUAGUUACUAUAAAAGGUACGGUGUCUAUGUUGCACUUUAGCUGCAGGUCUGUAUGCAAGAGCUCAACAAAGGGGUCCAUGUUUAAGUGACUAUGAUUAAAUAACAUAAUUAAAA